UCUGUACUAUUGUUAGACUACACAUAGAUUGGUUUUUGGGAAGGAAACAGCUGUAUGGAUGAGUAGUAAGCAUACCUACAUAGUGUGUAGUAGGGUACUGUAUGUGUUUUGUCAGGUAAUUACAGGUGCAAGCUCACGUGACUGUCACAGUAUAUGGAGGAAACGGAGUUUCUAGGUGAGAAAGAUCCGAUGCUCAGUGGCUCCGAGGUGGAGAUGGACGACGAAAAACACGAAGAGACACCGGAUGUGAAGUUACCCGGUAGGAGAGGUCUAAAGGACCUCCUCCUCCUCAGCUUCUCGAUGUUCUUCAUAUUCGCUGCUUUCACCGCAUUGCAAGCACUACAGAGUAGUCUUAACGAGACAGGUGGAAAGGGCGUCGCUUGUCUAGCCGUACUGUAUGGUGUCAUGAUAGCGUCGUGUGUUCUGGUGGCGCCUGUGCUCGUUGGAAUUUUUAGACCCAAGUGGACUCUAGUGGGAUGCUUCAUUUGUCAUUGCGUCUUUACUGCGUCCAACUUCUAUCCGCAGUGGUACACUCUUAUUCCAGCAUGUGCAUUACUUGGAGCUGCUUCUGGUCCUCUCUGGGCCGCACACAACACCUACUUGACGACACUUGCUGUGAUGCACGCCAGAGCUGUGAAAGACAAAGAGGAGACUGUUAUUCAACAGUUUAAUGGGAUUUUCUUUGCUGUAUUUCAGGCGUCACUGGUGGGAGGAAAUGUAGUGUCUGCUCUUGUUUUUGCCUUUGCUCAUAGGGAAAGUGUUACAGAAAGAGAGAAUUCGUCGUUGGAAGUUUGUCAUUCAAACGUGUCUCUGUGUGUGCUCGACUCAACAAAAUACACAUUGUUUACAGUGUUUGAGGUAUCGCAAAUUGCUGGGCUUUUGCUUGUUCUCGUUGCUUUGAAGACAUUGAAGAAACUAGGAUCAGAUAUGCAGAUACAUCGUCCUAAAAUAUUUCAGCUAGCUGCUUCUGUAGUGAAGCUGCAUAAGGACGUGAGGGUACUCUUGCUCCUUCCAAUCACUUUCUACUCUGGUUUUGAGCAGGCUUUUAUUGUUGGAGAAUACACCAAGUAUUUCAUUACUGAUUUUAUUGGAGUUAAAAUGGUUGGUGUGGUGUUGAUUGUGUUUGGAGUGACUAACUCAAUAAGCUCAUAUGUCAGUGGAAAACUUGGCAAGAAAGUUGGACGAUGUGCACUAAUCCUGGCUGGUGGUCUGCUUAAUAUCUCACUCAUCGUCUUUCUCAUGGCGUGGACUGCCUCUGCUUGUUAUCCGAUUUUGUUUACUGUACCUGUUUUAUGGGGCAUCGUCGAUGCGAUAUCGAACACACAGACAACAGCUUUGUACGGAGUGCUGUUUACUAACAACCAGGAGGCUGCAUUUGGUGCCUACCGAUUUUGGCAGAGUUGUGGCUUUGCAGUGUCAUUUGCUUAUAGUCAUGCUCUGAGACACAGCAUGGAGACAAAAUUAAUAAUUGCUCUUUGUCUGGUUUGUAUUUCUAUGGCUGGUUAUAUAGGGAUGGAGGCUAUGCAAAGAAAACGGAAUAUUUAAUUAAGUUA